AUGGCAGAAGAUGUGAGUAUUCCAUGGAUUGUUGGUGGAGACUGUAAUGUUAUACUCCAUGAAACAGAGAAGUUGGGAGGACUAUCUGUAACUCAUCACGAGACAAAAGACUUUGCUCAAUGUAUAAGCUCUUGUAAUCUGUCAGAAAUCAAAUUUGCAGGUAGUCUAUACACGUGGUGGAAUGGGAGAAUAGAGAGGGAGAGUGUUUUUAAAAGAUUGGACAGAGUGCUAGGCAAUCAGGAAUUCAUGCACGCUUUCCCAUCUAGUGAAGUACACCACUUGAUAAGGCAGGGAUCAAAUCAUGUUCCAUUACAUGUGAUCUGUAAAAGUGACCAGGAAGAUGUGAUGGUGAAGUCGUUUAGGUUCUUAAAUUUUUGGAUAAAUCACAAAAAAUUUAAGGAUCUUAUAAAGCAGCAUUGGGAAGUAAAUAUAGAUGGAAACUUGUUCUAUGUAUUUCAUCAGAAGAUGAAAAAUGUGAAAAAGGUAUUAUCGAGAUGGAGCAAGGAAACGUAUGGAUAUAUUUUUCAGAAAAUUGCUACACCAGAGGAUAUUGUUAAGACUACUCAAAACAUUGGAGAUAAAACGAUUAAUGUCUUCAAGGAGAAGUUCAAGGAAGGAUGCAGAAUUGAGGACUACUCUAUACUCGAUGUUAUUCCUGGAUUAAUAACCAAUGAGCAGAAUGAAGACAUGACAAGGGCUCCAACAAAGGAGGAAGUCAAAACUGCAGAGAUUAUUGAGGAGGACAUAUGGAGGAUGGUGAUGGCCUUUUUCUGUGGAGGUGAAAUUCCUAAAUAUAUCUCUCACACUAAUGUACUGCUACAAGGUUUCAUGAAAGAUAGGAGCAUAACUGAAAUUGUGUUGCUGGCCCAGGAGAUUAUUAAAGACAUUAAAAAGCGAAGUGUAAAUCAUAAUGUGGUGGUAAAGUUGGAUAUGAAAAAGGCCUAUGAUAGAGUUUCAUGGAUCUUUCUGACUAAAGUGAUGAGAAGUUUUGGUUUUGAUGAAAGAAUCAUUGAUAUGGGUACUUUCCCUUUCACUUACUUGGGAUGUCCGAUAUUUUAUGGGAGGAAGACAAAAUCUCAUUUUGAAGAGCUAGUUAAGAAAGUAGCAAAAAAGGGUACUGGGAUGGCAGAACACGCUAUUAACAUAUGGUGGAAGGGUGGUGUGGGUUUUAGAUCUUUACAAGAUGUUUCAAAUGCUUUGUUUGCUAAAUUGUGGUGGGUAUUGAGAACAUCCACAAACACAUUAUGGAGUGAAUACGUAUGGAAUAAGUAUUGCAAGAAAUGGCAUCCCAUUAUGGCACAAGGCAAUGGGGUGUCUCGUGUUUGGAGGAAAAUGAUCAAAGCUAGAGAAGAGGUGAAACACAAUAUUUGGUGGCAAAUAAAGUUGGGAGAUGCUAGCUUCUGGUAUGACAAUUGGACAAAGCAAGGUGCUUUAUAUCAUGUGGAGAAAGACAGGAGUGGGGAAGAGGAUAUAGAGGUGAAAAGCUUUAUUACAAUUGAUCAAUGGGACAAAAAUAAGUUAAUGCAAUUUAUUUCCAAGGAGAUGACUGAAUACAUUGUGAGUAGCAUUUCUCCAGUAAUCAGCAAUGGGGAACAAGAUAAACCUUGGUUGAUAUGUAGAUCAAGGGGAACCUUUUCUGUUAACUCAACCUGA